AUGGCAGAUUUUGAUUAUGAUUGGCAUUGGAAUCCAUCACUUCAAGGUUGGAGUCAUCAAUACCCUCCUUAUUGUCCAAACUCACCCCAACCAAUUGAAGAAGAGGAGGAUAUACUAUCACUUCCAAAAGAGAUUAAUCGAUUGGCGGACAUGGUAAAAGCUCUAUGUGAUAAUUUAAUGGCGCAGGAUUCAGAGAGUUUUAAGGAUAAUAACUCAAAUAAUGAAAGUUAUGAGAGUUGUUUGAAUAUAAUAGAAGCACCAUCAGAUGAAUACAUAGAAGAGACUGAGCCUAGAAUUGAAGAGAAAGAAUCCUUUAAAGUGGUUGAAAAUUUGGAUACAUUGGAAGCUUGCUCAACAAAUGAUGAACUCAAUUUGGUGAAUGAAGAAACAUCCAUCCUCAAUGAUGAAAUUAUUGAAGAUCAAAUCACAGUCAAGGAUGUGGAUGGUCAUGAGGAAACUGAACAACCAAUUGAGAGGUUAUUUGAGAAAAGCAAGAAAGAGGUGCCAUUGGUGGUAGAAGAAUCACUUCUUCAGGGGAAGACUGUAUUCUCAAAGAUUGACUUGCGUUCUGGCUAUCAUCAGCUGAGAAUUUGGGAAGAAGAUAUUCCAAAGACUGCAUUUCGAACCAGAUAUGGUCAUUAUGAGUUUUUGGUAAUGUCAUUAGGAUUGACAAAUGCUCCAGUGACUUUUAUGGAUCUCAUGAAUAGAGUAUUCAAGGAUUUCUUCGAUAGCUGCAUCAUACUGUUUAUCGACGAUAUCCUUGUGUAA